AAGCCCAACAACGACAUUGUGGAGCGACUGAGACAACAAAGAGAAUUGGUGAAUUUGAUUUAAAAGGGAAAAAAUGCAAAAGCAAAUGCAUUCGUUUCAAAGAGUGAUUCCGUGGCCUGACUUGGCAGUUCAGUGGGCAUGUAUGGUGGCAGACAACGUGUUAACAAAGGUCUCGAUAUUGUUUCAAAUGCUCUUUUCAAAUCUAAAAAGACAGCUAAUGUUAUAUGUCUUUUGUUUAAAUUGGUUUUCCACUUCUCAAGUACAAGGUUCAGAGCUGUUUCACAGGAAUGAGAUUCUCUAUAUCCGUUGUAAGGAUAUAGAGGAUAUAAUACAUUUCCAUACAUUUUACAUAUUCGAUUUCCUGCUCGAUUGAUGCCAGAGCGCCGGCUAAUGAGGCUUCAUUGAAACACUUUGUGUGUACUGUCCCAAUCUGUCGGAGUUUAGAAAGGGUUUGUCGGUGGCUGUCAUGUGUCAAAGACGACAAGAAAAAAAAAUACUUGGAUAACAAAAAACAAGAAGUUUUGAUUGCUCGUCCGUAUCAUUUUCGCUUUACAUCUGUCGAUCGGUGUUUAACUGUGUUGGGUGAAAAAAAUAAAUAACAAAAACAAUUAAAACUUCUUUCGGUGUUCCACAUUUGUAAACAGUUGUUCUGACGCGAGACAAACAUAUCUUAAACUACAUCCGUUGUGUGUUUCUUUUCGUAUUUAACAAGUGUGAUUUGAGAAAUAGUUCAUGGGUCCAUACCCUCUUCAAUAAUCUCCCCCACCAUUAGUGUUGUUGCCUACGACUAACCAUCCAAACGUAAUAAACACAAACGCCAAACUGGAACGGGAUAGGAAAGCUAAAGUUAACAAAAGUUCCUCUACCUCAGCAAGAGUCGAGCGGGGCAGAUCGGCAGUGUUGGAGGCGUCGACGACGACGACGACAGAAGAAGCGGAUACAAACGCUACGAGCGUCGACAAAAAAAAGAUGAACGGGUUAAGUUUCAGUGAACUUUGUUGUUUGUUUUGCUGCCCUCCGUGUCCAGGACGCAUUGCAUCGAAGCUGGCCUUCUUACCGCCAGAAGCGAGCUACGAUCUGAAACCGGAAGCGGAUAAUACUAACAGCAAGUUUACCCUGACGCUACAUGAUAAGGCCGACUGGCAGUAUACCGAUCGCGAAAAAGAAUGCUUCGAAGUGUUUUACGCACGAUCUGCUCGCGGGAACAGAAUCGCAUGUUUAUUCGUCAAAUGUAGCGCUAACGCACGAUUUACACUGCUCUUUUCCCACGGCAAUGCGGUAGAUCUUGGGCAAAUGACUACGUUUUUCAUCGGAUUAGGUCAACGGAUUAAUUGUAACAUUUUUAGCUACGAUUAUUCCGGCUAUGGUCAAAGCUCCGGAAAACCGACGGAGAAGAAUCUUUACGCAGAUAUCGACGCAGCGUGGCACGCUCUACGAACACGGUAUGGCAUCAGUCCUGAAAAUAUAAUUCUUUACGGACAAAGCAUAGGCACGGUUCCCACGGUAGAUUUGGCCAGUCGCUAUGAGGUUGGUGCGGUCAUUUUGCAUUCCCCUCUGAUGUCAGGUAUGCGAGUAGCCUUUCCAGCUACAAAACGUACGUGGUUUUUCGAUGCAUUUCCCAGCAUUGAUAAAGUGCCGAAAGUAACAUCACCCGUUCUGGUAAUACAUGGUACCGAAGAUGAGGUGAUCGAUUUUUCCCACGGUAUGACCAUUUACGAAAAGUGCCCCCGAGCAGUGGAACCAUUAUGGGUGGAAGGGGCCGGCCACAAUGACGUGGAAAUGUACAGCCAAUAUUUGGAACGGCUAAAACAGUUUGUGUCCGUUGAGCUGGUCAACUGACAAAAGCUGAACAAACGCACCAGCGGCAAUAGCAGUGGAAAGCGAACCAAAGGUGAUGGUGACGGCCGAAAGGUGGCAGAAAACGAUGACGAUGAUAAUGAGGAAGACGAAGAAGAGGAUUUAAAUACGGAUGAUGAAAUAUUGAAUGCAUCAAUUACAUUAAGUUCAAACUCUACUAAUGAUGCAUCCGCGAUCGAAAAGCUUCUCUAGCAUCAGGAGCCUGGCGGGGAGAGCGAAUUUAAUUUUG